AAAGCACUCUUUCUCCCAGCACUCCUCCUCAACGAUACGAGCGAUGGCAGAGAAAAUAACCAUCCCAUCGACGAUGAAAGGUGUAUACCUUCCCGGUGAUCGUCGAUGUGAAAUACGAGAGACAGCUGUCCCGCAGCCAGGAAUCGGGCAGGUACUCCUUCAAUCAAAGGCUUCUGCAAUUUGCGGAUCCGACCUCCGCGCGAUUUACCGCCCAAAGACACACAAGACAGGUGCAGAAGGAUACCUAGGUGUCAUUGCGGGACAUGAACCGUGUGGAGUUAUUGUGAAGCGCGGUAAAGGUGUUCCGGACACUUGGAAGGAGGGAACUCGGGUCUCGGUUUAUCAUGUUCAGGGCUGUGGCACAUGUUAUUACUGCCGCCAGGGUCUGUAUGUCUUCUGUGAGGCAGAUUAUCCCGUGCGCGCAGCCUAUGGAUGGCAGCGCGACGGUGGACACGGUGAAUAUCUUUUGGCUGACAUACAAUCACUUGUCCGCCUCCCGGAACCGUUGACGUAUCUUGACGGAGCAAUCGUCGCUUGCGGACUCGGAACCUCUUACGCUGCAUGCGUACGCGCAAAGAUUUCGGGAUGUGACCGUGUCUUGAUUACGGGGCUGGGUCCAGUUGGUCUCGGCACUGCUCUCCUUGCACAGAAGAUGGGAGCAAAAGUCCUUGGAAUCGAGUGGGAUCCCGACAGAGUCGCUUUUGCCAAGAAACUUGGUAUCGAAAGCUUGGAAUGCGCAAGGAACGGGAACACAAACGAUACUGAAGGUGACAUCAAAGCUGCUGUUGCUUGGUCCGGUAGUGAAGGUGUCGAAGUCGCUAUCGAUUGUAGUGGUGCUUCGUCUGCGCGUUUGACCUGCCUCAAAGCCUGCCGUUCAUGGGGACGAGUUGUCUUCGUCGGAGAAGAUGGAACGGUUGACUUCGAAGUUUCCGAAGUGGUUAUCCACAAGAGCUUGACAAUUUAUGGCAGUUGGGUCUGCUCGAUCUCGCAAAUGGAGGAACUUGUCAAGCUUCUCGUAGUAUGGGAUCUUCAUCCUGAAAUUACAGUUACGAAUACAUUCAAGAUUGACGAAGCCGUAGAAGCAUACAAGCUUUUCGACACCGGAAAGACCGGAAAAUGCACAAUCCUGUUCCAAGAUGAGAAGCAGAUUUAUCGGCCUGAUUCGGAGUAACCGAGUUAAACAGGACUUUCAACUCAACUGAUCCCAGCUCAUGUAUGAUUACUUGUAAAGCAAAUUUCCUGUGUAUAAAUGUAUCUGACCUUCAGCGGACUUGUACCAUUAUGAUGAAUAAAUGUACCCACAAAUUCUACAAACGAUUACAGAAUUCAUAAAAU